GGGGCGCGGGACGGCGGCGGCAGCCUGAGUCGCUGGGCCCGGGGACCAACGCCCCCCGGGAGGGCGAGCAAGAACGGCGCCGACCCUGCUCGGUUAUUUUGCCGCCUGAGUCGCUAGCGCCCGCCUCAGGGCCUCGCUUGAACCAUCCAAGAUGUCUAGGCCCGUCAGGAACAGAAAGGUGGUAGACUACUCACAGUUCCAGGAAUCUGAUGAUGCAGAUGAAGAAUAUGGCAGAGAUUCAGCUCCUCCAGCCAAGAAAAUCCGUUCAUCACCAAGGGAAGCAAAAAAUAAGAGGCGGUCUGGAAAGAAUUCUCAAGAGGAUAGUGAGGACUCGGAAAAAGAUCUGAAGACAAAGAGAGACGAUUCACACUCAGCAGAUGAAGAUUUUGGCAGUGAAGAUGACUUAGGAGCAGGUGAUGGCAAAGCUGAUAGUGACUAUGAGAGUUCUCAAAAGAACAAAAAAGGAAAAAAACCCAAGCCUGACAAGAACAAAAGAGCAACUUCCAAAUCCAGGAAAAGAGCUGCAGAGGACAGUGAGGAUGAGAAAGAAGACCACAAAAAUGUGCGUCAGCAGCGACAGGCAGCAUCUAAAGCUGCUUCCAAGCAACGAGAAAUGCUCAUGGAUGAUGUGGGCAGUGAGGAGGAAGAUCAGGAAGAGGAGGAGGCAGCAUUCCAGGAAAAAGAUUCUGGCAGCGAUGAAGACUUCCUUGUGGAAGAUGAUGAUGAUAGUGACUAUGGCAGUUCAAAAAAGAAGAACAAAAAAGUGGCUAAGAAAUCCAAACCAGAAAGGAAAGAAAAGAAAAUGCCUAAACCAAGGCUAAAGGCUACAGUCACACCUAGUCCAGUGAAGGGCAAAGGGAAGGGGGCAGGCCGUCCCACAGCUUCAAAGACAUCAAAAGAAAAGACCCCAUCCCCAAAAGAUGAUGAUGAUGACGAAGAAGAUGAUGAAUAUGAUCCUGAAAGUCCUCCACAAAAGAAGAAAUCAGUUCGUUCUCGUCACGACAAAUCUGGGGAUGAAGGGUCUGAAGAUGAAGUCCCGUCUGGUGAAGAUUAAAUGGUGGUGUGGGAGAGAAACUUUUUUGAGAGAGAGUAAGGAAAAGAGAAUAUACUUAGGGGGUAGAACAUGGUUUUGGUUGUGGCUUGACUCAUGGGCUGUGAAUGCCACCUUUACUUUAGCUGUUUUAAUAGUACAGUUCUUUCUUCUUUUUUAAAAGAGAACCUUUACACAAUAAUGUUUUGAUGUCACAGUCUCUCCUGGCCAUUCCGUUCACCCCAACCAAAAUCUGAAAGCCAUUUAGAUUUAAAUUAACAGCUUACUAAAGAUAUAUUUUUGAAGGCUUACUGCAGUUGUAAAGCAAUAAGAUUGAGGCUGACACUUGGAGGAUCAGAGCUAACAAAUAGCAUAGGUUUUCCAAAGCUGGGAAAUUUGUCUAAGAUAACUUGCUUAAUUGAAUCCAAAACAAAUACAUUCUUGCACAUAGAAUUCCUCUUGGCAUAAAUUCAUCUUUAGAAUACGAAUUACUUUGAAUUGCAUCAAGUGUUUUUAAGUUCCAAUAUUCUGAAUGUUUGGGGUUCCACAGUCUAUUUUUAAUGGCCAAGGUAAUUUUAAUGACCUUUUGAUCUGUUCUGUAUUUCAGUCUUUAGAAAGGCCCUAUCUGUUCAUGCCAUUGAUAUCCUUGCUUUUUCCUGGUUAGGAUUGCAUUCCAGCUAGCCAAAAUGCAUACUUUUCCUUCCAACUUCUGCUUUCAAUUUUCCGUCUUUUUAUGCUUAUAUGAAUCUUUGUGAAAAUGUAAAGCUUGGUUUAAGGGAGACAUUCUGGAAGCUGGAACAGCAAUUUUGAAAAUUUUUGGGAGGGGGACUGAGGUAGGCUUUUCCUUACAAAUGUGAACAUGACUUUCUAUAAUGCUGCAGUCCCUGUUUCAAUUUACGAGCAUUUGCUUAAGUGUUAUUUUUUCUUGAUAAUCCUCAAAAGUAGGACUACUUGGCUUCCAUCAACAAAGAAUAUAAUUUGCCCUUGCCCAUCCCUUCGUUGCUUAGCUUAGUUCUUUCCUGCAGGGCAAAUGCUGCUUGUCAUCUGGUUAGCAGAGGCCAGUAUUACCUAGGUUAAGCAAGGAACAGAGUAUGAACUGGAAGACAUGAGGGAUGUAGCAAACAUGUGGUACAUCACAAAAAUAGGAUAUCCUGCACAAUAUAUUUGAGACAGGAGUGUGUCCUUGCAAUGUAAUAACCCUUAACCCAUAAAUCAGUAUUGCCAAUUU